AUGCUUGCUCAGCUAGAAGCUUUAAAGGGUAUCCUUGACUAUAUACCUGUAUCGUUCUCAAAAACUGUCCCUCUACCACCUCCAGUUAUUUAUAAACCUGCAAUGUCCUACGUGGUUCGCAUUGCUGGAGUUUCAGGAGCUUUAGCCGUAGGCUUGGGAGCAUAUGGAUCACAUGUUGUCCUGAGAUCACCAUCAGUACCGAAAGAAAGGAAGCGUUCUUUAAAAACAUCAUCAAAGUAUCAUUUCUUCCACACUCUAGCUAUUCUAGCAGCUCCCAAAGCCAAGUACCCUAUUGCAACCGCUUCAUUGUUCGCUUGUGGAAUGCUUUUGUUCUGUGGUCCCUGCUAUCACUACGCCAUACAGGGAUCAGAUACAGUGAAGGCUUUGACCCCUUUUGGAGGUAUCAUGCUGAUCCUCGGAUGGUUGUCAUUCGUUUUGUAG